UGUCACGCGUUAUGAAUCAUAAAUGUCAUUGUCACUGUUGUCAUGUGUCAUGUCAGUCAAAAUCAAAACUUGAGGUGCAUCGUUUGCCUGUUGUUGUUAGUUGUUACAGAUUUGCGCUGUAUUAUUAAUAAUAGACAUCGGCCCGUGGAAGAUGAGCCGUCUUGAUGCCGACGACUAGUAUAAAUGUUGCGGAAUGGUCCGUGGACCAGGUAGCGGACUGGCUGUCGGGGCUGGGCCCGACCGUGGCGCGCUACGUGCCGGCGCUGCGGGAGCGCGGCCUGGACGGCGCCAAGCUGCUCACUCUGCGCUGCGACGACCUGGAGUACCUCGGGGUGCACGUCAUCGGGCAUCAGGAACUCUUACUGGAGGCGGUCGAGCAUCUUCGGAACUUUCAGUUCGAGUUGUCCCGCGAGUGCGUGCAGCAGUUGGCGCUGCGCGUGUCGGUGGUGGCGACGUCCCUGCUGCGCGCGCUGCAGGCACAGCGCGACGCGCGCCUCCACACGCAGACGCUGGCCGACGUCGCGCGGACCGUGCACGCUGUCAAACCACUCGUCUGCUGGCUCGACAGAUGGUCGGUAUGCGGCAGCUUCCUGUCGGAGCGCAAGGCGGCGCUGCUGAAGCAGUCGCUGGAGGCGGCGACGUGCGGGCAGCGCGACCGGUUCGCCGAGCAGCCCGCGCGCGCCGUCGCCGCCGCCGCCGCCGCCACCGCCGCCACCGCUGACUACAUCAUACAGGAUGUGUCGGACCCGAUGAUCCUCCAGCCUGCGUCCCUGGACACGGUGACCCUGCGCCAAGGUGGCAAGCCCUUGGGUUUCGACGUGGUGCCUUCGUUUUGUGGCCAUCAUCAGUUGGCCGACAUACGAUUCGGGUCACCGGCGCACGCGUCCGGAGCUGUUCACAACGGCGAUGAAAUAGUUCAGGUGGGGUCGCAGUGCGUGAUCGGGUGGAGCGGCGCGGGCGUGCUGCGGCAGUGCAGCGCGGCGGGGCCCGAGCUCACGCUGCGGCUGCGGCGCCGGGCCGCCGCCACGCUGGGGCCCGCGCUGCGCCCCGCGCUGGCGGCGCGCCGACUGCUGCGGCCCGCCCCGCCGCCCCCGGCGCCGGCGCCCGCGCCGUCGUCGUCCGACGAGAGCGAGGCGCUGUCGCCGCCCGCGUCGCCCACGCAGCUUCAGCCGGACCACACGAGAAUAUAUCCUCCUAAGCCGAGGGCUGUUGUUCAGAGGCGGCAUACGAUAAGCGGUGACAGCUCUUUAUAUAAACGACCGAGUCAUGCAAUUGAACAGUUCUGGCAAGAGCUGAAGCAGCAGAGGUGGGGUCGCGAAGGAGGCAGUAUCAGUAUGUCGCCUGCACCGGACGAUACCGCACUCUAUGCUAGAGACAAGGCGGUGUCGUGCAGUACGGGGCUGGAGCUGUCCCCCCGGCCGCGCACGUGCCUGGGCGUCGUACUGGACCGCGCGCGCCCCGCGCCCCCGCCCGCCCCGCCGGGGCCCGGCCUAGCGCCCUCGGGGCUCGGCCUGGCGCCCUCUGGCCCGCCGCCUACUGACGAGCCGUCACCCUCGGACCGCAAUCGGGGCAAGUUGGACAAGAGUCACUCAACUCCGGCCUACGACUUCGACGCGAGUCUAGACGAGCCGGGCCCCCUAGCCGCGCAGACUAUUCCCGAAUCCCCCACCACACCCACGGAUAGUCCACUGGCACUGCACUCGACCGACAAAGCAGACCGUAUCCUCGACUUUAAGAAGUCAAGUUCUCAAAUCGGUGAGGCGAUACAACGUGGACGACGCAGUAAUGCUGACGAAAGGUCAUUGCCGACGGAACCUGAACCUCACGGCGAAGACGAUAUGUUUGCGGGCGAGCGAGACGAGACCGCCACGGAGCGGAUACUCGAGACCAUCAAUAUCGCCAUGAUGGAGCACCGGCGCCGUACGGAGCGCCCCGAGCCGGACUGCGACACCUACAGGAGCCAGGCUGCGCCCCGGCCCGCGCCCCCGCCGCGGCCGGGCGGGCUGGGCGCGCUGGGGGCGGGGGCGCGCCCCAGUGGGGGGCGUGCGCCCCCGCAGUUCCCCGUACUGCGCGCAGUGCCGCGCCCGGAGGAGCCCCCUACUUCGCCCCUCAAGCCGGUCAGACCUGUAGACGCUACACAUAUAUCAGUUCCUCUCCGUCAUAUAACAAAACACGACAUUCGAGUAAUUCCGAGUGAGCGCCAUGAGAUGCCAGCCAUUAACAGUCCCGUGAGCGAGCCCGUGUCGAGCCCGGGCGCGGGCCCCGCGGGAUCCCUGCGGCGGCGCUCGCCUGGGCCCCCGGCCGCGGGCCCCGCGGGGUCCCUGCGGCGGCGCUCGCCCGGGCCCCCGGCCGCCGGCGCCGGGGACAUCGUCAUGGGCGCCCACGUCAGCACCGACUCCUCCGGGAAAGGUCACGCCUUGUCGCCAACCAGUGCAGUGCGGGGCAUCUUCCCUAACUCCAAGUCUAGGAGUUUGAAGAAGAAGAGUUCUAUUCUCGCCAAGCGGCGCUGUGUGCCGGCGCGUGCGCUGGCGCAGCGAGCGGCGGCGGGGGCCGUGUGGCAGCGCGUGCGGCCCGGGGGCGCGGGGGGCGCGGGAGGCGGGGGCGCGGGGGGCGCGGGGGCGCCGCCCGUCCGCUGGGCGCGGCGCCAGCUGGUCCUGGCGCACAACCUGCUGUACUGCUACCGGUCGAUGCAGUGCACGAAGGCGGCGUGCAUGGUGUACCUGGAGGGGUUCACGGUGUCUGCGGCGCCGGAGGUCAAGUCUCGUGCGCACGCGUUCAAGGUGUACCACACGGGCACGGCCUUCUACUUCGCCAGCGACACGCGGGACGCGCAGCUCGCAUGGAUACAGCUCAUACACCGCGCCACGCUACUGCCCUCGCUCGCCGCCAACAUGGACUUGUCAAAGCAGUUCUCUGAGACCGACUACUCGGAGACGGAGUCGGACGCGGAGAGCCCGCAGAACGAGCCCCGCGAGCGCGACAAGGACAAGGACAAGUCCAAGUUCGGGUCGCUGAAGAAGCUGACGCACCGCAUGCAGCGCGCCGACCCCGACGCGCCGCACUCCUCCACCUCGCUCGACCGCAAGUAUCUGCGCUUCUUCUACAGGAACAAGCCCAAGGACGACGCCAAGCCCAAGAACAAACAAUCCGGAGUCCCAGUACCUACCGAGCACUACCGCAGUUACCGACGCGUGGCGAGCCCCACGGCUUCCGCAGCGUCUGCGUCGGGGUCGGGGCUGGACGGGGUCGGCGAAGCGGCCCCCGCGGCCCCGCGCCUGCCCAAGCCCAUCAACUAUAUUCACGCCUCUAACCCUAACCUGCUGGACUUCGAUAACAGCGACUUCGUUACCAAGCCCACGCUGCACGUGCCCAAGCCUAAAGCUAAAGGUGACGGGGUGGGCCUGGUGACGCUGGAGCAGUUCAUGCUGGACAAGCAGGCGGAGGAGCGCCGCGCCAGGUACAGUGGUCGCGUCCUGCUGGGGGUCGAGCAUGCCCGGGGGCGGGACCUGCGCGCGCGUCUGCAGCAUGUCGUGCCGGACGUGAUCUACGGCGAGCUGGGCGCGGCGGACGGCGGGGCGCGGACCUCGGCGCGGGACUCUCACGGCUAUGAAAAGAUAGUGUACCGAGAUGAGGCUACUAGUAGCAGCUCGGCGCAUGGCGCGCCAGCAGCCAGCCCCCCGCCGGCGGGGCCCGCCCCCCCCACGCCCGGGGGGCCGGGGCAGGGGUCGGGGCCGGGGCCGGGGCCGGCGGCGGGCGCGCGGCGCGGGCCGGCCGGGGAGCGCUGGCGGGACUCGCUGCGCCGGAACGACAAGGUGCACUGGAGUCGUGCCGAGCCGAAACCCGCGCCGCUAGACAGAAGGUACCCGCACCUGCAAUGUCCGCCCACGUUCCAGCCGGAGACGUACUCCUUGCUGCGCCCCCCCCACCACUAGCGCCCCCCCACCACUACGCCGCAUCGGGUUACUGUCGCCGCUGAAUACCUACAUAUCUACGCAUUCUAUUGUUAAUGUACAGCGUAAGUGUGUCGCAAACCUCGCGUGUAACAGUAUGGAUAUGUAACUAACAUUAUUUCGAAUUAUAUAUUAGUUAUGGUUUUGACUUAGCCUAAUCACAUUCAAUUCAAUUGAAUAAAAACAUCAAAUUCAAUCACACAAUCCCACAUUCACAAAGAAUGUAACAAACAUAACUUUUAUAUAUGUAUUAAGAAAUAAUCUUGUGUAUAGUGUUGACUCAUUGAAAAACCUACAAGUGAACUGUAUAACAACUGUUAAUUCUUAGUAAUUACAUAUCCCAUCGAGCUGGGCCCCUCGCCCCUCGCUCUCCCUAUGACUGAUUGUUGCUAUGUUAUUUGAAAUGAAUACAGUGCUUUACCAUUCAGAUAGAGUACUAUCGGUUGGCCAUGAUAACUUUUCUCCUUUAUGUAAUUCCUCACUUGUAUUUAUUUUUAUCUUCUUUUUGUAUGUCCUCUUACUUACUAUUCAAAUUUAACACUCGCUAUAUCUCAUUUGUUUAUCCCAUCUUAUUACACGUAUAUAGGUAGGUACAUCUUACGAUCUUAUUCCAUAGGAAUCCGCUGCGGCGCCCUACUCUCUGUACUGUAUAAUUUUUUUAAAGCAAUCCCAUACAUGCGACACACUUAUGCAAUGAUCAUUUUAGUUUGUAGUAAUAAAACAGGCGCCUAAAGAAAUAAAUACAUAUAAUAAUUAGUAAACUAUGAGGACAUCUCAGGGAAAUGAAGUAGAGUCUGCGGUGCUUUGACGUUGCGUUAUUUAACAAUCGCACGCUGCCGUGUGAUGUGACGUCAUUACGUUGCUUUUAUAUAAUUUGUGGUAUGUUUGUAUGUGUAGGAAUUGUAUAACGGACACCACAAGUUAGUAGAUAGGUAAUAAAUAUUAUUGUAACGUUAUAUCAUAAAUAUUACUAUGUAAAUUGGCAAGCAAUACACACGAGGCACUUCCGUACCGCCUCGGUACCUUGUAACAUACUUUAUAUGAUAUCCAAAUAUUAGAUAGGUACUUAAUACUCUUACUUAUUAGAUGUUAAGCAUAACUAGGAGGUUCCCAGCAGAUCAUACCGUCUCAUCUGGUUGGUUGUAAGAUCACUUCGUUGUUACAACUAAAACAGAACUACUUCUAUUGUACUGAGAAUAAGAAAGUAUUUACAUUUUACAUAGUUAGUAAUGAAAUGAGUUAUGUAAGUAUGCUUUAGAUAGUAUAGAGCCAAAGGACUCGCAGGUGCUGAGUGAGACUGCGCAGAGUGCGCAGGGCUCCGUGUACAAAGUCGGACAAGGCUGAAUCAGAUAUUUUAUAUCAAUUAGAUAGAUAUAUUGUGCACACGUUACUUCAAAUAUUUGUGAAUUUUUAUACAAACAUGGCUUCCAACUCUUGACCAUUGUGUCUGACAAUAUUCUGUUCACAUCGCAGAUGUUGUAAAGUUUAAAUAUAAAAUGAAUUAUUGUUAAUUUUCAAAUGAAGACUGCAUGGUGCAUGGUUUAGCACGAGUACUGCCGCAGCUGUCUACUGUACAGUACUGACUGUCCUGGUGGUAUACACUAACUUAGUAUACAAUUAUACAUAUCGGCCUCGGUUUCAUUAUUUAUCUUCGUACAGGCGACUAGCUGUA